CAGCGAAAGACGUCGAAGCGUAGACGACAGCCACCUUCUACAGGGCCAUGCCGAUGGCGUCUGACCAAGCCUCCCUUGGAGGUACUCGCCAAUGAUGCGGAUGAUCAUUCCACUUUGCUUGGGCGCAGUCAAUCAGACGGAGAUUCUCCAUGCCUCGAAGGGACAGACGCCCAUAGAGCACUCAUCAGUCCACCUCUUGAUCGCUACCUUCUCUGGUCGCCAAGCCGGCAGCCGCAGCUUGAGCAAGGGCGCCCUCCCUCUGCCGGCCACUCGUCGCGAGCAGUGCAUGGGGAGUUCUCGCGGUCACGACACCCGUGAUAGUCCCGAGCAGCAAGGUUCCCGCUCAAGAAGAUCACAUGGUCUCAUCGCAACGAAGUAUUGCGCUCCCCGGCAAAGGCGGCCAGCAAGCACAAAGCAAUCCACCGCCGCACCCUUCGUCACGCUCAGCCUUCGACGUACCAAAAGUCAAACUUCCAGCCGCAAAGUACUCACUCAGAGCCUCCCACCACCUCACCAGCACCACUCAAUUCCCGCCAGCGGGGAGACUUGCAGCAGUCCGACCGUCCCAGCUCAUGACCUCCGAUGCUGCGGCCUCGAAGCUCCCACCAGCAAGUGCGGGAAGACGAAGCGAUCGGGGGAGAUUGGCGGGCUGCACAAGUGCCUCAAGAACAGAUGUCCCAUCAACAGGCAACGAGCGGAUAGUGCUGAGGGGGGGUGGGAAGCGACGGGAUCACUGCACUCCUCGGGAAGAUCAACGACUCGUCUCGUGACUCGAGCUUUCUGCCUUGCUCCAUUACAAGCACAUACACCGGGAAACAGAUUCAGCGAUGGAGGUCGCACGGUCAAGAUGAGGUCGGCCGUCUUGCUACUGACUAGAGGCUCUCAGCGCUGGCGCAACGCUGCUCGAAAAUGCUCACUAAGGUUUCUUCACGUCCGGCCACCGCAGCAAAGCGCAAAGUCCCUCCGGCGACGCGGUUACAAGUACGAGGCUUUCGUGCACGUACGUCUCUCCUUUCAUCAUUGGACCAACCCUGCUCAACAUGCACUUCACCAAGAACUUCUUCGCCAUCAUCUCUGCUGCCUUCUCUUUCGUGGCCUUGUCGGUCCACGAGGCCGGGGCUCUCUACACGCUGGCAAACUGCUUCACUGGCGGUGAUUGCGACGGACGCCCUCACGACGUCACGUCGACCAACAUCCAGCGCAUCGGACUCUCGGAGUGCGGCUCCAUGCGCGCUCCGUGAGUGAUGCGGACCUGAUUCGUAGCCUUUUCUCCUGCUGACCACUGCCUGACAGCCUGGGGUACGGCAAGGUCUGCACCCUCGGUCUUUGUGGGGGCACCUGCCAGACGAUCACCUCGAAGUCUGCUUGCUACAAGGGAGACG